CUCUCUGAUCCGUCUGACUUACCGAAGAAUGCUUUCAGAAUUUUUUCUAUGCUUGUAGAGUUCUUAUGUACUGAACAUAUUGAUUAUGCAUUAGAAACAGGCCUUGCUGGCAUUCCCUCUUCUGAUUCCAAGAACGCAAAUCUUUAUUUCUUGGAUGUUGUCCACCAGGCCAAUACUAUUUUCCAUUUAUUUGACAAGCAGUUCAAUGAUCAUCUGAUGCCAUUGAUCAGUUCUUCUCCUAAAUUAUCUGAAUGCCUUCAGAAGAAGAAGGAUAUCAUAGAACAAAUGGAAGUGAAGCUGGAUAUGGGCAUUGAUAGGACACUGAAUUGUAUGAUUGGACAGAUGAAGCACAUCUUGGCUGCAGAGCAAAAGAAGACAGACUUUAAACCAGAAGAUGAAAACAAUGUUUUGAUUCAAUAUACUAAUGCUUGUGUUAAAGUCUGCAGCUAUGUUAGAAAGCAGGUAGAAAAAGUUAGAAAUUCUAUGGAUGGUAAGAAUGUGGACACAGUUUUGAUGGAGUUUGGAGUUCGUUUUCAUCGACUUAUCUAUGAACACCUACAGCAAUAUUCCUACAGCUGCAUGGGAGGCAUGUUGGCUAUUUGUGAUGUGGCUGAAUAUAGGAAGUGUGCCAAAGACUUCAAGAUUGCACUGGUGUUACAGCUGUUUGAUACCUUGCAUGCACUUUGCAAUCUUCUGGUUGUAGCCCCGGAUAAUUUAAAGCAAGUUUGCUCAGGAGAACAACUUGCUAAUCUGGACAAGAACAUCCUUCACUCCUUUGUUCAGUUGCGUGUUGAUUAUAGGUCUGCUCGUCUUGCUCGUCACUUCAGCUGAGAGCACGGAAAGAAAUGUUGUACCUUUGGGUGGGCCUCAGUUGUUAGAAAGCACAGGGAAAGAUUUCUUAACUGAAUCAUGGUUGUAACUUUUGUGGGAUAAUGACUGUUCCGAAUAAAGCAGCAGCCAUAUUUAAACAUGACUAUGUAGAAGGUGAGCAGGUAAAAAUCUGAAUGAUAUUUCAUGUAAGCUAAAGUUCUCCUGGUGAAGAAUACUGCAAAUCUUCUUGCUACUGAUUUUUUUUUUUCUUUAUUGGAAACAUGUUGGUGUAGGAAAGCAAGUGGUGCUUUAGUCUUCAAUAUUGAAUUAUCAGAUACCAUUUCUUAGACUUGAACUACAGAGCAUAGCGUAGGUAAUGGAUUACAUAGAAUAGACCAGUGUAAAAACAUUCUUCAUCAAUUUUAAUGACUUAGACUUCAGCACAGCUAAUCAUAAUCAAAUUAUCUUUGAUUGGUGUUUCCAAGUCAUUUCUUUCAUUUAAAACGUUAUCCUGCUCAAUGUAAUUUCUUGCUCUAAUUAAUUAGCUUGGAAUUUCUUUGAGAUGUAGGAAUAACAGCAACACUGUCCCAGAAAGAUAUAAUUUUUUUCAUUGUGUAGCAUUCUAAACCGAACUAAAGUGGUGAAAAGUUUGGGAGGUUUUUCUGGUUCUUUGGCUUUGGUUUUUUUUUUUUUUUUUGCACCUAAUAGUUGAAGGCCCACUAGAAUUUAUUGGCAUUUUAUGAUCUGACAUUCUUGUCUCUUUGAUACUGACACACUGAAUUUUAUAUAUGCUCUUAAGGUAAAUGCAGCUGCCUUAUCUGAGGCAUUCUUAUUACAAGGUGAAGGUGCCCAUUGUUGGGUUAAUAUAAGAGAAUUUUCUCCUGUCUCUUGUUUUGUAUGUAAAUAAAUUCAGAUUAUAACAAAGCAGAAGGACAGACUAUAACCCAAUCAUUCAUAUAUGGCAGGAAUGGACAGUGGCUCUAGCAGAAACCUGGAGUUGAACAUUCCUGUGCUGAGGAUAAUUGAUCCUCAGUGCCUGAGCAAUAUGAAAUGUUGAAGUGUGUGAAAGCUUCUCUUCCACUGACCGUAAUUUUAAUACUGGAGACAGGCUACUUUCGUGUCCAUUGUGCUCCAAGGUGUUUCUGAGAUGGACCCAUAGUGUGCAUAUAGUGAACUGGAGCAACAGUGAUGCUUGAAACAUCUAGGGCAGCUUUUCCACAAGCAGCUGAAAAUUGUUGUAAAUAGACCUUUGUUCAGAGUGAACUCUUGUGGAAAACAGGUUGAAACUGCUGUGGUUUGUGUCUUCAGUCUGACUUGAAUCAUCCCUGAACAAACCAUCUGUAACAUUUUAUUUCUACUGUGGGCUCAGCAUACGUUACAGAAACUUCUUUCUCUCCCAUCUUCAAAGCAGCAUUUCUAUAAAUUUAUGGGUCAGUCAAAUAAAAUUAUUUUCCUCUUUUGUUAAUGAAUUCCCAGGUGUAGUCAAUAUUGACAGACUUGUGUGGAACUUCUCUUGGUUAUGUUGAGGUUCUUCUGUUUCAUUUUGUAUUUAGCAGAGCAUUAUAUCAGUAGAGAAGAGAACGAAUGCCAGGCUCAAAGUAUUUGAGGAAACUGGCUGCUUUGAGUGGUGUAGCUCUAUUCCUUAGCCAUGGCAAAGCCACAAAGAGUUUUGGACACUGGAGGAGGCUCAUGCUUGUACUGCUGCCAUUUUUUUUAAUUUUUUUUUUUUUUCCCCAAGAGCUCUGAUGUGAAUUCAGAUGAUACCUCUCUGUUACCUCUGUAACUGAAAGCCAACAACUUUAAGGCUGUGGUUUUAUGAACCAAUACAAAAUCUUUCUACAAAUAAAAGUGUCAAUUUAUAAAUGCUUCAGAACAGUGAACGUCAUCUUAAGACUUCAGAUCACGGAAGUGCUACAGAAUUUGUAUGAUUGUUUGAAUUAUUUUAAGGUUGUAUGAAAUGUAUUUACCAUAUUUCUGGCUUUGUCAGCUGUGUUUUCCAUGCAUAUGCUCAGUGCAAUAUUUUCAUUAUGCCUGUUAAAAGAAGGCAGCAAAAAGUAGGUGAAUACUUAAACUUAGAUAUGUAAACUCUUCCUCAAUAAAAAGAAUUCCCUCC